AGUUUUAUAAGCUUAGUCAACGCCCUCUUCUGCCCAUUGGAUGAGUAGUAGUUAAAUUUAUGUGGCUGUUGUGUAUACUUCCAGUGGAGCUUCAGUUGCCAUUUGAGGACAUGGAGGCUGCCGCAUUGCGACCUACAAAAUUUCCGGCGAGAUGUUCCGCCUCAACCUCAAUGUCGUCUCUUCAGCCGCCGUCUGCAUCCGUUGGAUUCCUCGUUCCAAAAUCUUUCAGAAUGAUUUCCUCCUUUAAGACGCCCAUAAUUGCCCGAGCUUCCGACCCCAAAACUGACCAACCAAAUCCCAGCACUGAUGAAUCUGGCUUUCCUUUCCUACCACAGGAGGAUGUAAACUUCUUAUUAAAACUGGGAGUGGGUUCAGUCGCGGGAGGAGCUGCAAUAAAGUACGGAAGCGUUAUUUUCCCAGAGAUAACAAGACCAAAUAUUACAUUGGCUCUCUUGAUGAUAUCAGCUCCGGUGGUUGUUGCCGCUGUGCUCUUGUUUUUGCAAAGUCGUGCAGAUUCAAAUGAGUAACAAUCACGCUCAUUUUUGGAUGAACAAGCUCUGCAGCAAUCUCUUGGACUGUACCAAAAUGGAAAGUCUGGGCAAUGGGCGUUAGGAACUCUGUAAUUUGUAUCCAAUUGUUUUAUCCUAUUCAAAAUGGUCGGAUAUUAUUUUCCAUUCAUUCUUAGUUGUUUACUUUUUGACUUUGUAAUCCCGUAGAAAAUAGACGAACCCACAAUAAUGAUAGCAUUUACAAAA